ACUUUAUAGAAAGGGAAUUCGAAAUGCUCGAUGCUUAGUGCUCACUGAUAUAGAACUCAAUUCCGGAAUCAAGCUUAAAUAAAACAAUACGUAUUCAUCGCCAGUCUUUGGAUUUUUAGCCUACAAAUUAUAACUAUAAAAGGAGCUCACGAUGCCUGGUCAAUACACCAACUACAAGUACACUCGAUUGGUAAUGGUGCUGCUCCGCUCCUAUUUGAGCAUACUCUACCUAUGGGGUAUUUUGCACUUGGCUGCCAUCGUGCCGUUUCCCCAUGAGACCUGGGAGACCACAUUCUGGUCCAGGACACGCACCUUUAAAGUGGCCUACAGGAUGAUUUUUCAUAACAAUUGGCUAAUUGUAAUCCUAAUCCUCGUGGUGCUGUUAAAUCUGUUCUACUGCAGCCACUGCAGACUCGUUGGAGUCCGGAAUUUGGACGAAGAAGUAGAAGGGCCUUUGCCGCAACUAAACUUUCGCCUGCUGAUCUGCCCGAUAUGCUAUAUUAUAGUUUUCGUCAUUUGCUGGACCAUUACCACCAUCGCCACGUGUCGCGGAAUUAUGUAUGUGGCCAAGAGUGCUGAGCUUGGCAAAAGUGGUAAGACGGUCUGCCUUUUGGUCAUCGGUCUGCUCAUCAAGCUCCUGGCUAUGGCCAAUUUCUACUCGGUUUGCAUACGCAUCUGGGCGUACUUGAAGAUCUUUGAUAUGAGUGCGAAUGACUGGCUGGUUAACUACUACAACUUUGGUGAUCACCUCAAUUUGUUCUUUCGUGUCUGAGAAGUUGUAAAUACAUUUUAUAUUUGUUUGUUUAGCGAAAAAAAUUAACAU